AUGACGCCUGAAAUCAGAUCAUUGAUCAAAGAGAGGGAUUUAUCACAUAAGAUAGCUCGCCAAACCUCGCAAACUAGAGACUGGUUAAUAUUUAAAGCAUAUAAGAUCAAGGUUAAGAACGAAUUACGAAAUGCCGAAAAACUUUAUGUUCACGAACAAAUCCUAUUAAAUCAAAACGCACCACGAUGUAUUCGGAAAAUCAUUCGCAGUUGUAUCCCUAGAAAGAUAAAUGAUCAGCCAUGCUACACAAAACCCACUUCUGAGUUGUGUGAACAAUUUAACAACUAUUUCAUAUCAGUAGGAGAAAAGACAGCAGAAUCUGCAAAAAGACUGGCGAUCGAGUACGACUUAAUUAUGGAGCUAUCGGCGUCUGCAGAACCGAAGCAAAGGUAUCCUUUAUCUGAUCAGUUUUUUUUCAACCAAGUAUCUUACACCAAAAUUGAACAAGUGAUAAAGAAUAUGCCAUCCAAUAAAGCACCAGGUUAUAAUAAAAUUUCUAUCAAUGUUCUUAAGGAUUGUUACCCACAUAUUUUAUCAACCCUAACAGGCCUUGUUAAUGCCAGCUUUAGUCAAGAGGUUUUUCCCCUUCAGUGGAAAAAAGCAGAGGUUAUACCACUACAUAAAGAGGGGGAUCAUCAAAUUGCAGCGAAUAAUCGACCUAUCUCAUUGCUACCCGUACCGUUAAAGGUCACUGAACGUGUUGCAUUGGAACAAUUUACUGAUUAUUUGAUUGAAACUAAUAAGUUAAAUAAACACCAGAAUGUAACCGUAAAAACCAUUCCACUGAAACUUUGUAGCUGUUUUUAACGGAAUGUAUAUAUCAAUCUAUAGAUAGAAAGAAUCUUACAGCUGUUAUAUUACUGGAUCUAAGUAAGGCGUUCGACAGUAUAAGUCAUGAUAUCCUGUUGGAAAAACUUCGAAAGUUUGGAACAAGUGCGUCAGCUACUGUUUGGUUUCGAAGUUAUCUUGGCGAGCGCGUUCAAUCUGUUAGAGUGGGACAGCAUUUAUCUGAUAUGCAGCGUGUUACACACGGCGUACCGCAAGGAUCAAUCUUGGGUCCACUACUACUUAACUUGCAUGUUAAUGAAAUUAGCAGCAUGUGUAAGGACUGUAAGAUCGAAUCGUUCGUGGACGACUCAAAACUCUUCUUAUCAUUCUCAAUCAGUGAUAUUGCCGAGAGUAUGAAUAAAUUGGAUGCAGAUUUAAAACGAGUUGCUGCCUGGUGUUGUUCAAAUUCCUUGUUAAUAAACCCACGGGAAAACCAAAUUUCUUUUGUUUGGAACCAAGCAAGCUCUGACCAAGAUUAA